GUAGGGCAGUGUGUUUGUGGCUUCCACUUGGGUUUGUAUUGUUUAUUUAAUUUAAUGCCUGUAUUUUGUCAGACGUUUCAUACCAAAUGAAUAGAAAAACAGAAAAUACAUUCGACUCGUUCAUCCUCCACUCAACAGGAUAUUGGUAAAGAUCUGCUAUAGCUGGUGGCUCAUUUCAUAUCAUUUGACUGGAAAAACAGGCGUAUUGUAAAAUUUUACUGGAGCAAAAAAUACUAAACUUACCUCUUCAUAAUUCAUCUGGCACAAAACUUCAUUUUCUACAUGAAUGAUCGGAAUUUAAUAAUUUACGACACUUUUUACAAAAGUUAAAUCGAUUCGGAACCAAGGAGGCAGUGUUACAUGACUCGUGCAUCUUGCUUCGGUAAUUAGCGAGUGAGAUAAUCAGACAUAUUACCUGGGGCCGGCAGAAUCGGGGGGACACGGCGGACGGAAAUCUGAACCAACAACUGGAUGCUAUCUCUGAUAUGGUGAAAGAAAAUCAUUAUAACUAGGUUCAUUAACAAUGGGGAAAACGAUUUCACCUGACAUCUAAGGAAAAGUCACGUUCUGAACCUUAUAGCGUCAAUCAAAGAGUCCCUCCGUAUUUAACUAUGGAGAUAAGUUAUUAAUAUUGAAAAAAAAAAAGAUUUCUCUCUGUCUUGAGCCUUCACGAUCUAACAGUCGCACUGUGACAGUAGUUAAGGACUAAGCGAGAGGAAGAAAUAGACUCUUAAUUUAGCACACAAAUAGAGCUAAUGGAGAUUAUAACGACUGGUCAGCGUCUCGGCAUCUUUUUUAGUUUUGUGAAAAAAUACCAUUCUUUGAAUUGAAAAAAAAAGUUCCAAUGGAUUUUAAAUCUUGCGUUCACAGCUUGCUUUAAUUCGACAUCGUAAUUACAUUAAAUAAGCAACAGAUGUUUCGAAGAUAGAAUCCUCUAUCUUCUCCAGCGAAAUGUUAGCUUUUAUUAAAGAACUUAUCAGCGUUAAUUAGCAAUUCUUGGAUGUAACUUAUUUACUUUAAUUACCAUAAGAUGAAAAUUCAGAUAGAGCUGAAGUUAUCUCGGAUCAUCUGGCUGCUAGAAUCUCUUUUGAAAGUAUUUCUGUUUGCCCUGCGUCCUCCCCAACCUACAUUUGAAAACACAUCGGAUGUCACUGCCAUUGCUGGUAGAAACAUUGAACUUAGAUGUAGGGUGCAUAACCUUCAGAAUUACACGGUUGUGUGGAUGAAUCCGAGAGGGACCGUGAUCAGUAAAGACGUCACGAAGGUCACGGAUGAUACCAGAAUUAGCAUAGAGAGACAAGUCACAGCGGACUGGAAUAUCCUGAUACGCAAUGUUACAUUCAAAGACAGAGGCAAUUAUAGCUGUAUCAUCAACACAGCCCCGAAUCCUACUAUAAAAUACAUCUAUCUGUAUGUGAAUGUACUGCCAAAAAUAAUUGAGGAAGCUUCUUCGAGGUCCUUAAUGCAUGUAAGAGAGGGUGAGACAGUAACGCUAGUCUGUAAUGCUACAGGGUACCCUCAACCUAGGAUCCACUGGUACCGGGGCAGAAAAAUAAAUGUGACUGACCAGCCGGGGGACACGCUUAUUAUACGUAAUAUCACACGGCAUUGUGCUGGUGAAUAUGAAUGUAGAGCCAACAACGGACUUCCUCUGGAAGCUAGUCGUGUAUUUACCGUGGAAGUAGAAUUUGCCCCAGAGGUGAGUGUUUUGGUUCCGCGGUUGGGCAUCACCCUGAGGACAGAGACCGUGCUACAGUGUAGCUGCUGUGCAUCCCCUAUCAGAAUCUGUGAGUGGAGGAAGGACGGUAGAGAACUACACAUCUCUGGAAAGUACGAGCUGAAUACUUACAAGGACGACCCUGAGACGAUCACCCUCAGUCUCAGUAUAUUUCACAUCCAGGAGGAAGACCUGGGGAGGUAUGAAUGUCACGCCAAGAACUGGCUAGGGGAGGACAGCGAUUAUACUUUUCUCUAUGAAUACAGACCCCCAGUACCGUCCACUCAAUCCCCCAUUGCCACCAAAAAAUCUGUCACUCCAGAAUCUAAAUACCGAACUAUGAAACCGGAAAGACCAAGAAAUCAGUUUGAUAAUCCUUUUCCCGGUGAGAGCUUCGUUAUAUUAAGACCCUCAACCAUAAAAUCACCAUCUAAAUAUUCCUCCGGUAGUAGCUGCAUUAGGACUGGGGUCUACAGACAUAUUGUGUUCAUUGUGAUCGGACUUCAUUUGCUUUGUCGUCGGUUUUUAUGAAUAUUCCGCGAAAUGAUGCAUCGAAAGAUACCUCAUUUUAAACCAAAGAGAAUUUAAUUAACCAACCUGUGACACAUUAUUUGUCUUCUAUUAUAUUCAACAAAUAUGACUGCUUUCAACUGUGUGAAAGACGGAUAGUGCAAUUGUUUUUAUACUGUUUGCUUGUGUAAGACGAUAUUUUUUUGUACAUUAAUGUUUUUUUUUCUUGAAUUAUCACCUUCAAACCUUCCAUUGCUUAAAUUGUACAAGAAAAUUCAUUAACUUAGCUUUAGUGAUGCAUAUCUCAGCUUCAAUUUAAAGUUGUCAAUAUGUGUCGGUAUUUUUAACCUAAAAAGUGAAAUAAGUGCUGAGAGCGCGCGCCAGGUUGACGGCGCCUCUGACGUUGCGAGUGACGUCUCUGUGUUUGCUGAUUUGAAAUACAGCGAAAAUUGUCUUGUUGUACUCUUUCUUCAAUAAUUCACUGAAGAUUCAUUGAUUCAUUCCAAACAUUCUCUGGUCUUGGAUUAGAGAGGUUUUAAAUGAGAAAAAAUAAAUUUCUUCAUUUCAGUAUUGACUUACUUUGAUUUGUCUCUUUGUAUUGGUGUUUGUACAGAUGUGGCGAUAUUAAAUGAAGAUGAAUGUGAACAAAAAUAGAUUGUUCUUUUUUAUCAUCU